GCCCGAAAACUCCGCCACUGAGUUAACGGCGCGUCAAUCUAAUCAUUGAUGACAAACCAUCCGUUACCCGGUAUUGGGCCUUUUCCAGCUCGUAUUAUCAUGCUGGUCGACUCUCUGACCCCCCCCCCUUCGUCAUUUAUUCCCUCAAGUCUUUCCCCGCUUCUGGCCCGCGAGACCCUCCCGAUGCGCAAGCCGGGUCGUGGAUUUGUAAUGACGUCGCCCAUGGCAAUGUUGACCACUCGCCUAGGCUUGGUGCUCCGAUGUUGCGAUCUCUGCGGGACGUCUUAUAACCGCUUUCUUCUGCCGCUCUUUUGUGCUUCUGCUUCUUCAGUCUCGUCUUUCCCCAAUUCGAACUAUUCUGCCGGUCCAUCCUUGUCGUCGUCGCGAACCGAUUACGUGACCGCCAGCUCUUUGCUGAACGUUCCGGCUUUAAGGUGCUCCCCAUCCUCGCUUCAACCGAAGCACUGGAAACCAUCACGGUCGCUGUCGACACUGUCAUCCAACUCGCAAGCAAAGAUGGCGUCCCUCUACGGUGAUGACACGCCGGAAAGCGUCAAGAACUCCAAGGGUCUACACCUUAUCACCCAGUCGACACCUAACGGCCAAAAAGUGCAGAUCAUGCUUGAGGAGCUGAAGCAGGUCUAUGGAACGGAAUGGGACACCACCCUUAUUAACAUCGGUACCAACGAGCAGAAGAAAGAUUGGUUCCUGCGCCUGGAUCCGAACGGCCGUAUCCCCGUGCUGGUCGACAAUUCGGUGUCGCCGCCUUUUCCGGUUAUGGAGACGUCGGCGGAGCUGCUGUACCUGGAGAAAAAGUACGACCCCGACAACGUGUUCGGCUUCCGCGACGAGCUCGAGCGCAGCGAGGCGCUGCAGUGGCUGUUCUUCUGGCACGGCUCCGGCGCGCCAUAUCAGGGCCAGACAAACCACUUCGCCAAGUUCGCCAAGGAGAAGAUCCCGUAUGCGAUUGAGCGGUUCCGCAACGAGACGCUGCGCGUCUACGGCGUGCUCGAGAUCCGCCUGUCCGGCAAGUACACGGGCGAGCCGCGCGAGUACCUUGCCGGCAAGGGCAAGGGCAAGUACAGCGUGGCAGACAUCGGCACAUGGCCCUGGGUGAAGGGCUACGCCUUCUCCGGCUUCUCGGACGAGGACAUGAAGGCCUUCCCACACCUGCUCAAGUGGAUCGACAGGAUAGCUGCCCGUCCGGCAGUCCAGGUCGGCAUCGGCGAAAAGUACACGAAGGACUCGACGGAUGCCAGCGUGAGCAAGUGGAAGCUGUGACGUGCGCCGGCGCAGCGGUGGGCAAAUGACGAAGGGGGUCUAAAAACGCGAGUGUCUAAAGGUGAUAAAGAAGCGAAGACAAAAAUCAAAAUUCAAAACAACCGCUUAAGCUUA